AUGAUAGCAAAAAAGAGCAGAGAAGAAAGUUCUGGUGAGGGAAGUGGAGUAGAAAUUAUAGUAAAUGAACCUUAUGAGAAUGGCCCAGGGGGCAAAGGCCAGUAUACACAAAAAAUCUAUCAUGUAGGAAGUCACUUGCCUGGUUGGUUUAAGAGCUUGCUUCCAAAAUCUGCCCUAACUGUAUCUGAAGAAGCGUGGAAUGCAUAUCCCUACACAAAAACGAAAUACACAUGCCCAUUUGUGGAAAAGUUUUCACUCGAGAUUGAAACUUAUUAUUUUGGUGACAAUGGACAUCAAGAGAAUGUUUUCAAGUUAAGCGGUAGUGAUUUAAAAAGUCGAACAGUUGAUCUCAUAGAUGUUGUUAAAGAUCAAUUGUAUGGUGCAGAUUAUGUUAAAGAGGAGGACCCAAAACUUUUUGUUUCACAAAAAUGCAAUAGGGGGCCAUUGACAGAAUCAUGGUUAGAAGAUUAUUGGAGAGAAGUUCAAGGCAAAAUGCAACCAUUGCCUAAUGGUAAAUCACUUAUGUGUGCUUAUAAGCUUUGUAGAGUUGAGUUCCGUUAUUGGGGUAUGCAAACUAAGCUUGAAAAAUUUAUACAUGAUGUAGCUCUAAGAAAAACCAUGCUUAGAGCACAUCGUCAAGUAUGGGCAUGGCAGGAUGAGUGGCAUGGUCUGACAAUGGAAGACAUCCGGGAAAUUGAGAGACAGACACAAUUAGCUCUCAAGAAAAAAAUGGGCGGUGAGACUAGUGAUGAAGCUGACCAAAUUUCUGAAGACAAUUCAAAAUCUCUAGCUGCUACUAUGAGUAGUUUAGAAAAGAAUGAAGAUCUAGCCACACCAGUCACUACAAAGAAAAGUAAUUCCGAAAUACAUUCCCAAAAACAUUUAUCACAUGAAGGCUCUCCUGCAAUAGAAACAAGGAGUUCUUCCAAAACAAAUUUAAGAUCAACAUCAUCAGGUUCUUUAAAAAAUUUGCAAACACAAGUUUCUAAUUGGAGAAUGGAAACGUUAGUUAGAGAAUCAGAAACAGAAACUGGAUCAGAAGAUGAGUUUUAUGAUUGUGAAAGUUCUUUUAAUAAAUGGUCAUCAUUGUGCUCUUUGGACGAAGCUGAUAUUGAUAUAUCUCCCACACAAGGAGAUCAUAAUCAAGAAGAUAGUAUAUUUAACCCAACAUUCCUAAAAAGGGUUACUUCAGAAAGGGGUUCACGAAGAAUGGUGGCUUUACAUAGUCAUCCAAGCAUUGAUGGUUGCCCUGAUACACCAGUCCAUAGUUCCUGCCCAAUAACCGUCUUAGUGCUUGUGUUCCAUGCUGGAAGCGUUUUAGAUGCUAAUAUUGAUAUGACUGCAAAAAAGUCAGAUGUUACUACAUUCAAGGGAGCGUUUGAAUCAGUGAUGCGCCAGCAUUACCCUACACUUGUGGGACAUAUCGCAAUUAAAUUAGUUUCUUGUCCAUCGAUUUGCACAGAAGCUUUAGGUGUUUUAUCUACACUAAGCCCAUAUAGUUUUGACUGUUCACCUUCAACAUUGGAAACACCAUCUUUGACAAAUGAUCUUAUACCUAUUGGAGCCAUCCCACUCAUUGCUACAUCAUCACCUGAAUACUCGGAUCAUGUUACGAAAACUAUACUUUCGGCAAAUGGUGUUUAUAAUGAGUUUGUUAAAUCGGAGGAUGGUAAAGGCUUUGGUGGACAAAUUUGUAUCGUCGGAGAUAGCAUGGGAUCCGUACUAGCAUACGAUGCUUUAUGUCGCACUGUACAAUAUCAAUCACGCCAUGAUAGCGAGACUAGUAUAUUAGAUACAGAAAUAAUGAUACCAAAUGAACCUACAGAGCUUUAUUUAAAUAAAUCUCAUCUACAAGCGCCAACUCCACGACGACGAUCUUCUACAGCCAGUGAUAAUCAUAGUAAACUUGAAUUUGAAAUAUCUGAUUUUUUCAGUUUUGGUAGUCCAUUGUCCCUAAUUCUGGCGUCAAGAAAAAUAUCCGAUGAUAAGUCUCGUGAUAUAAUAAAACCACCCGUUCAACAGGUGUAUAAUUUAUUUCACCCAACUGACCCCGUCGCAGCUAGACUAGAACCAUUGUUGUCAGCUAGGUUUACAAACCUGCCACCUAUUAACGUUGCACGAUAUGCCAAAUAUCCCUUAGGGAACGGACAGCCAUAUCAUUUGAUGGAAUUGAUUCAGAGCCAUCCAACUCUCUUUGGUGAUCAUUUACAAAUGCCACCGACACCAGUUUUAAGAAGACUGUCUGAAGCAUCAGUACAAAGUACAGUGAGUGGUUUAGUUGAUAACAUACCAUUAAUUACUAUGAAUGCUCUUCAACAAAGAUGGUGGGGUUCGAAACGCUUAGACUAUGCUCUCUACUGCCCAGAGGGUUUAUCAAAUUUUCCUACAAACGCCUUGCCUCAUCUAUUUCAUGCAAGCUACUGGGAAAGUUCAGAUGUGAUAGCUUUUAUAUUAAGGCAAGUAGGUCAUUUUGACUUAGCUUUAUAUAGUCACAAUGAUGAUAAAGACUGUACACUCUUCAAUCCUGGUCAAGAUAAAGAGAAAUGGAUUAAAAAGAGAACAUCGGUUAAAUUAAAGAACGUUGCCGCGAAUCAUCGUGCAAACGAUGUUAUUGUAAAAGAGGGAUGUCCUCAAACAUUUACUGCGCGAUUUAUGUACGGGCCUCUGGAUAUGAUUACGUUAACAGGAGAAAAGGUAGAUAUACACAUGAUGAAAGAUCCACCAGCUGGCGAGUGGACUUUGUUAGAAACUGUUGUAACGGACAAAACCGGUCGGAUAACGUACACGUUGACCGACAAGCAAAGCGUUGCGUGUGGAAUAUAUCCUUUUAGAGUGGUAGUCCGAGGUGACCACACGAGUUGCAAUUUUCAUCUUGCAGUCGUACCACCUCAGACAGAAUGUGUUGUGUUUAGUAUCGACGGGUCCUUUACCGCCAGUGUUUCAGUGACUGGUCGCGAUCCUAAAGUAAGAGCGGGCGCAGUAGACGUCGUAAGGUUCUGGCAGGAUUUAGGCUACCUUAUACUCUACAUAACCGGCCGCCCUGACAUGCAACAGAGAAAGGUGGUAUCGUGGUUAGCAGAGCACAAUUUUCCUCAUGGACUUGUGUUUUUCUCGGAUGGAUUAUCCACGGAUCCGCUGGGUCAUAAGGCUGCUCACUUGAACAAUCUUAUUAAUGAGCAUGGCGUAAUACUUCACGCUGCCUACGGAUCGGGGAAAGAUAUAAGCGUGUAUCAUAACUGUGGGUUAUCUCACAAGCAAAUAUAUGCUAUCGGGAGGAUUAGUAAGAAGUACAAUAACCUGGCGACACCCUUAAGCGAGGGUUAUGCGUCGCAUCUCGCAGAUUUGAAACAGCCGGGUGCCGUGAGAGCUGCUAGAGGUAACGCUCGUUUACUAGUACCCCGACGGCUAUUAGCUCCUGUAAGUAAUUCGUCGGCAUCGCGCUCGCGUCGUUAA